GAAAGCAAGGGAAAGUUCACAAAUAAAGGAGUGAAGCAAAAGGAAGAGAGGAGAGGAAAACAAAACAAAGCCCAGAUUCCUCAACAAACAGGCCCUAUGCUUUUUCUUCUUCUUCUUCCUCCUCCUCCUCAUCUCCUCUCUCUCCUGCUCCUUCUUGUUGUUGUUGCAGCAGCUGUUCCUCUCCUCUCCCAAGAAAACACACACCCCUAUCUCUCUCAGACAAAAAAAAAAUUAAGCCACUGGCCUCUUUAAGAUUGACCUGAGAUUUGCAGUUCACAAGGGUGCAUGCAAAGAGAUAUAGCCACAGCUAGCUAGCAAAACACACAUUCCUUUCCCAGCUUAAUCGCUGCAAGAACUCGUACAUAUCCUGGUUACUAAUCCUCUGUCAGUAUCAGUGACGAUGAAUAGAGGAGAAUUCCAGAGCUCUCUGGUGCAGCAGAUGAUCUGGAGUGGCAGUGGUACAGGCACGGCCACCGCCGCCGGCGGUUUGAUGGGCAGCUUGAAGCCAUGCCAUGAGCCUGACCAAGAGGCCUCUCCUAACAUGCCCUCCUUGUCUUCUCCCUCGCUGAUCUUCUCCCAGCAGUUUCAGCACGGCUCUUCAGGUCUAGUUCCGAUGAACGGCGCCGGCACCGCCUCUCUUCCGAGCUUGCACGACGGCGGUGGCCAGGAGAACUUGCCGGAGUCAUGGAGCCAACUGCUUCUUGGGGGAUUAGCUGGAGAUCAGGAGAGGUACAGCGCCACUGCAGCUCUCCUGUCAAAGGGGUUAGAGAACUGGGGAGAUCACGCCCCAGCUGCGAGCGCUGCAUGCAUGGCUGCUGCAGGUGCCAUGAAGGAGGAGGCCUCCAUGGCUCAAGCAGCUACCACUGCUGCUGCUGCCGCUGCCUACAGCUUCUAUGGGAGCCACCUUGCUGGAGAUCAGCACGAUCAGAUCCAGGCUGCAGCAGGAGGCGCCAGUAAGUCUCAGCUCAGCCAGAUGCUCCUGGCUUCCUCUCCUAGGUCAUGCAUCACCACCAGCAACAUGCUCGACUUCUCCAACACCGCCGCGCCGCCGGAGCUCAGGAGUCACCACCACAACUCUGAUAAUUCAUCCGAGUGCAACAGCACUGCGACUGGUUCGGCUCUCAAGAAGGCUAGGGUUCAGGCCUCCUCUUCAGCACAAUCUACUCUAAAGGUGAGGAAGGAGAGGCUAGGCGACAGAAUAACCGCACUUCAUCAGAUAGUAUCCCCAUUCGGCAAGACUGACACAGCGUCUGUACUGCAAGAGACCAUUGGCUAUAUCAGAUUCCUCCUGAGUCAAAUUGAGGCUCUCAGCUACCCAUACAUGGGCGACGCCAACGGGACGGGUCCCACGCAAAAUUUGCUAAACCAUAAUGGCAACACUGGAGCACAGCAGCCUGCAGCCCAACCUGAGCAGCAGGGAGUAAACGAAGAGGGAAAGAGGGACCUUAGGAGCCGGGGGCUGUGCCUGGUCCCAGUCUCAUGCACGUCUCACUUCGGAGGGGACAACGCCGCUGACUACUGGGCCCCGGCGCCACUUGGCGGGAUCCUCCGGUAGAAGAUCGAUUCAUCGAGAUUCGUGCAUGAAUCCAUGGCGGCACAGCAGCUCGUGUGUGUCGUCCUCGAGAGUAUAUGGUGACGAGAAGUUUACACACAAAAAAAAAAACAGGGUCUCUUAAGAAUUAAUGAAACGGAUCAGAUACAUAACAUCAUGAGCAGUCAUUCUGGUAAGGAAUUAGCUACCUGUGUAAGGCUGAUUGCUCUUGAUGCUAUGAGAUCAGUGAGAGAGUAGCUAGUAUAAUUAAUUAAGCUUCUGUGUCUGGAAGAAAAAAGAAGCUUUCAGUUCAAGGAGGAGAUCAAUUACCUCCUUGUUGCAAGUUUUAUAUAUGCCUUUGAUUAUGUAUAUGUAAAUCUAGCAAGUUAGUGAACACUUUGCUCAUACCGUGCUUUGAUUAUCAGGAGCGACUGCGCGGUGGUCUCAAAUAUUCCGUCAUUUGCGCGGCUGGUGUAUGUAGGAAAAUUAUUAAAGUCCAUAUCCCCAUAUAUAUUAUCACAUAUAUGUAUAUUGACAGUUAAUUUGUAUCAGUAAUUUACAGAGUUAAGUCAGCAAUAUUAUUUGUCUUCCGUGUUGCUGAAUCAUUUCUUUGCAAAAAGAGAAAAGA